AGUCUGGUCAGCGCAAGUCCCGGGCUUUCAAUACCAUUUUCAACGUGUAAUUCAAUUCACACCAAUACUAAGUAAUCAAAUGCUCCCACUGAAAAAGAUUUUUUGACUUCGCAAGAAACUAAGAAUGCUAAUGUCUCCUAGGGGCCCUAAUUUAUCCUUACUUUGCAAGUCGACUUUAAAGGCAAAUUUUAAGCUGAAAAUGUCAAAACCGCAGACUGUGGUGUGGAUUCCAUAACCCUAAUUUUCUAUUUGUUCUAUCGAUCUGCCACGCACCAUACUAGGAGUGGAGGAUUCAAGGCAGUGCGAGGUAUCCUGAACUCUGAAAAAAAGAAACCUCCAUGUAAACCGAUACUCGUACAUAAUUACAACACAAUGCGAGUUAAGAAGUACCUGUCUUAUAGACUUGGAGACACCGUGGAAGAAAUGGUCCUGGAGAGUGAAGACAGACCUCAGAACUGUGCUUUCAGAUUAAUAUGAGCUCGCAGGCAGAAAAGCCAGGGAAGCGCGUGUUAAUCAAGCAACGCUGACCACAUCCGAGUACUGUUGUGCUAAGUCCAAGUGUGGGGAAUGGCACUACUGGAAUGAAAGGUUUCAAGGGGGAACUGAAGAGAGAUGGAACUGGAGAGGUGCGUAGGGACUAGGUUAUGAAGAGCUGCGAUGUUUUCUUUUUUUCCAGCAAAAAGAUUUUUAUCCCUAACACCCAGGUGUUAGAAAUAAAACAAAGAGCACAGAACUGGUCCCUGCGUCUUUAAACGCAGAAUCUAGUGCGGACGGAGAAGAGAGGGAAAAACACGUAAACCAAACACAGGAAACAAACAUAGUAUCAACGGGAGGCAACAAAAAGGUUGCUGAGAUUAACUCCGUCCAGGCUAUUAAGCGCUGCAGACUUAACUCAUGAGAACUGAGUAUUGGACAUUUGCAUCACUAACAGCUCAUAAUAAAUGUAGGGACAUGAAACGUCUACGUCACAGGAUAAAACCGUAACAAUUCACUCGCUUUCGCCGCCUCCCGCGAGCGCUAGAAAACGCCCACCUGAAAUCCACGAGCCCGCAGUUCUACGCAUGUGUACAGGGUCACUUGGAAGCAAAACAGGAUGUCAUAUUUAUCUUCCUCGCAGCCAAAAUCCACCCCCUCCAUCCCCGAAUGGUCCGUACCAACUUCACCUCCGGUUCUAGGUGUCAUGGCUGCCUCGAGAGUCUAGGAAGAGUUUGCACCUGUGGUGGGAAGGGUCCAAAACCCACACCCAGGAAGCUAGAAAAGUAAAGUUGCGUCUCGGCCGUAGAAGCGAAAGCUUCUCUGAUUCCUCGGCGAUGGCGGCGUCCGGGAGCGGUAUGGCCCAGAAAACCUGGGAAUUGGCCAACAACAUGCAGGAAGCCCAGAGCAUCGAUGAAAUCUACAAAUACGACAAAAAACAGCAGCAAGAAAUCCUGGCGGCGAAGCCCUGGACUAAGGAUCAUCAUUACUUUAAGUACUGCAAAAUCUCAGCAUUGGCUCUACUGAAAAUGGUGAUGCAUGCCAGAUCAGGAGGCAACUUGGAGGUGAUGGGCUUGAUGCUAGGAAAGGUGGACGGUGAAACCAUGAUCAUUAUGGACAGUUUUGCUUUGCCUGUAGAGGGCACUGAAACCCGAGUAAAUGCUCAAGCUGCAGCGUAUGAGUACAUGGCUGCAUACAUAGAAAACGCCAAACAGGUCGGCCGCCUUGAAAAUGCAAUUGGCUGGUAUCAUAGCCACCCAGGCUAUGGCUGCUGGCUUUCUGGGAUCGAUGUUAGUACUCAGAUGCUCAAUCAGCAGUUUCAGGAACCAUUUGUAGCAGUGGUAAUUGAUCCAACAAGAACGAUAUCUGCAGGAAAAGUGAAUCUUGGCGCCUUUAGAACAUACCCAAAGGGCUAUAAACCUCCUGACGAAGGACCUUCUGAGUACCAGACUAUCCCACUUAACAAAAUAGAAGACUUCGGUGUACACUGCAAACAAUAUUAUGCCUUAGAAGUCUCAUAUUUCAAAUCCUCUUUGGAUCGCAAAUUGCUUGAGCUUCUGUGGAAUAAAUACUGGGUGAAUACGCUGAGUUCCUCCAGUUUGCUUACUAAUGCAGACUAUACCACUGGUCAGGUCUUUGAUUUGUCUGAAAAGUUAGAGCAGUCAGAAGCCCAGCUGGGACGAGGAAGUUUCAUGUUGGGUUUAGAAACACAUGACCGAAAAUCAGAGGACAAACUUGCCAAAGCCACAAGAGACAGCUGUAAAACUACCAUAGAAGCCAUCCAUGGAUUGAUGUCUCAGGUUAUUAAGGAUAAACUGUUUAAUCAAAUUAACAUCUCUUAAACGGUCACUGAAUAGUACUUUUGCCUGAAAGUUAGUAUAAGAAAAUACUAAAGUAACACUUUAAAACCAGUUACCAAAAAUCUGAUUAGAAGUAAAAGGUACUGUGAAGUAUCCUGUAAUAAAACACUUGAAAAUUAAA